UGAGGCGCAGGUGUGUGUGGGGUCCGCCCUCCAGCGAUCUAUUGGCUGGAACCGCAGCAACCUCCGAAAACAGUACCGCUCCAGGCCGCUAGGGGGAGAAGGGAGCAAAACGGGAAAACAAACGCAAACCACCACCAGGAACAAAAGCGAUCGGGGAAACUAAAGAAAACGGAGAAAAACAAAAUACAAACCGGAAUGAAAACAAAACGCUGGGAAACCCUGAAAAUGAAAGGUAAGUGCUGGCGGAACCUAACAGUCUGCUGCGCCUGGGCCCUGGCCUGUUCGAGGUCGGAUCUGAACCCUUCUACCACCUCUUCGAUGGACAAGCCCUGAUGCACAAGUUUGAUUUCAGCAACGGCCAGGUCACUUAUUUCCGCAAGUUCAUUAAAACAGAUGCUUAUGUACGGGCCAUAACAGAGAACAGAGUCGUGAUCACUGAAUUUGGGACGUGCGCCUAUCCAGACCCCUGCAAGAACAUCUUCUCCAGGUUCUUCUCCUAUUUUAAAGGAGUUGAGGUGACAGAUAACUGUCUGGUGAACGUUUACCCCAUUGGAGAGGAUUUCUAUGCCGUCACAGAGACGAACUUUAUUACUAAAGUAAAUCCUGAGACUCUGGAGACUCUGAAAAAGGUUGACAUGUGCAACUAUGUGAAUAUAAAUGGAAUAACAGCUCACCCACACAUCGAGAGAGACGGAACCGUCUACAACAUCGGGAACUGUAUGGGAAAGGGAGCAUCGCUGGCUUACAACAUUGUCAAGAUCCCGCCCAAACAGAAAGACAAGUCCGACCCUAUUGAGAAGUCCAAAGUGGUGGUGCAGUUCCCCAGUGCAGAGAGGUUCAAACCUUCAUAUGUGCACAGCUUCGGGAUGACGGAGAACUACUUCGUCUUUGUCGAAACGCCUGUUAAGAUCAACCUGCUGAAGUUUUUAAGCGCCUGGGCGAUUCGCGGCUCCAACUACAUGGACUGUUUCGAAUCUGACGAGCACAAAGGAACGUGGAUUCACGUAGCUCGGAAGGAUCCGGGCGAGUACAUCGACAUCAAGUUCAGAACUUCUGCCAUGGGUCUUUUCCACCACAUUAACAGCUAUGAAGAUUCGGGCUUCAUCGUUUUUGAUCUGUGCACCUGGAAAGGGUUCGAGUUUGUGUACAACUACCUGUGGCUGGCGAACCUGCGUCAGAACUGGGAGGAAGUGAAAAAACACGCCAUGAUCGCCCCCCAGCCCGAAGUGCGCAGGUUCGUGAUCCCGCUCGACCCCUACAGGGAAGAGCAGGGGAAGAAUCUGAUCUCUUUGCCGUACACAACAGCCACGGCUACCAUGCACGAGGACGGCACCAUCUGGCUGGAGCCCGAGGUGCUUUUCUCCAGCCCUCGCCAAGCCUUCGAGUUCCCCCAGAUCAACUACAAAAUGAACAACGGGAGGAACUACACCUACGCCUACGCGCUCGGCCUCAACCACUUCAUUCCUGACAGGAUUUGUAAGCUGAACGUGAGGACCAAGGAGACGUGGGUGUGGCAGGAGCCUGACUCGUACCCGUCAGAGCCGCUGUUCGUACAGAACCCUGAUGGCGUGGAUGAGGAUGAUGGUGUGUUGCUGACCAUCGUGGUGUGUCCUGGAUCCCAGAGGCCCACGUACUGUUUGAUCCUGAACGCUAAGGACCUGUCGGAGAUCGCCAGGGCCGAGGUGGACGUUAUGGCUCCUGUGACUUUCCACGGCAUGUACAAGCCGUAGAGCGUACCGAGACCGUCCAGAUCAUCUACUGAUGUUAAGAGAUCGAAUCAGACGGGACAGUAUGAACGUUUGUUUUGGUUCUUUUUAUUUUUCUUGCAUGUUGAAAUGCUGUGACUAUCAUCAGAGCUGCACAUACACUGUAGGGUCAAAAGUAGGGAUGUGACGACACACUCUACCCACGAUGCGAUGCGAUUGACGAUACUGGGUUCACAAUACGAUUUUUUCCCGAUUUUUAAAACAAAAUGAAAUUGAAGACAAAUGAUGACAGUUUCCUUUUAUUAUUUCUCUUUAAAAAAGUAAAAUAAAAUUCUGUAUUUGUGCUUAUCUUUUAUUUAUCUAAAUAAUGAAUGCACUUUUAUUUCUGAGGUAGCUACAAACUAUGCAAAACGAUGCUGCAUAUAUCUCUUUUUGUGUAAAAAAAAACAACUGAAAUGAAAAAAAAAUCUCACAUUAAAUAAAUAAAUGAAUAAUACGAAUAAAGAAAGUAUCCUCACAUAAAUACAUUUGGCUGGAAAAUUCCGAACCUGGCAACCCUGUAGUGACGUCAACCAGGCGAGGUGAAUAGCGCCGGUGCCCUCUGCUGUUUAAAGUGAAUAUCGAUUCAUUAUACAUGUCAACCGAUUUGAAUCAUUACACGUGUGAAUCGAUUUUUAACUGUCUUGUGGUGCAUCGUGACAUCCCUAGUCAAAAGUAUGUGGACACCUGACCAUGAGCUUGUCGGACAACCCAGUUCCUCUAUGACGUGAUCUCUUCAGCUAGAACAACAGCUGCUCUCCCCAAGACUUUGGAGUUUGUCUGUGGGAAUUUGUGUCCAUUUAGUCAAAAGAUGCAACAUUUGUAUGGCUGAACACUGAUUUGAUGUUCCAAUUCAUUCCAGAGCUCUGUGCAGGACACUGGAGUUUCUUUAAAUCAAGCUUUUAUUAUUGUCUUUAUAGAGCUUGCUUUGUACUGGAACAGGAAAGGGCCUUACCUAAACUGUUGCUACAAAGUUGAAAGCAUAUAAUUUCCCUUAUAUAACCGAUUUAUUACACCUGUUAGCAAUUAUUGUGGCUGAAACACAUGAAUUCAAUCAUUAGAAUGGGCGUCCCAAUACUUUUGUCCAUAUAAUGUAUUAUUUGUAUUGUUAUAAUUUUUUGCAGGUGAUAUUUUUCCUCCUGAGUGAACGUGUAUUAGUAAUAGCUGCUUCUAAGGACUAGUCAGGUUUUAGAGUCAACAGUUCCCAAAUUCACGUGAAACAUUUAAUGUGAACGAACAUAAAAAUGAUUAAAAAUAUUUUUAAAAUGCUAGUGAAUCGUACACAUCGUAUUUUUUUAGCAGCAUUAAUUCGUCUUUAACUACAUAAUUCUGGUUAGAUUAGCCUGGUCUCAUAACCCGAAAACACUGGUUGGCCAAGUUCACACUACACGACUGGAUCGGUGAUAGGGGGUUUCACACUACACCAUCUAUCACCAACACGAGAAGUGACGAGGGGUUUAAUGACACCACGUCCAAAAAUGCACGUCAACAAGUAGCAAUUAAUCAAAGUUUGUGCGCUGAUGUGCAGCAUAAAAUCAAGUAGGAAAAAUAAAUGAAUCUGAGUGGAUUUGGCUAUGUGAGCAGUAUGGAUUGUUCUAUAGUGAGUUGGAGGUUAAUAAAUAUUUUUGCAAUGCA